AUAGGCUUUAUCCUAAUUAUUUAAUCGAGACUUUUAGGGAUCACCUUAUUCGUAUAGGUAGGUACAGCAUGUAAAUUGUAUAAAUAUGUGAUAUUAUGAUAUCGUUACGUCGACGGUGAAUAUUUUGUUAUUCCUAUAAAUGGGUUAGGUUCUUACACUCGUACACGUAUACCUGUGAAAUAUAUGUAACCUGCAACGUGUAAGAUGAGUGUUACAUAAACAAAAAAAAAAACCGAACGAAAUUCGCUCGGUCUGGCAAUCCGGUUUGGCAAAAGACAACAAUAAUAAUAAUCCCAACAGUCCAUCUGUUCUUCCUCGGCAGUAAAAUCGUUACGCAAAGAAACAAAAAAUCGAAGAGAUAAAAACACGACAACCAAAAAUCGUUCUCACGAUUAUUUAACCAUCAUAUUUAUCGUUGCGAGUCAUAUUAUAAUAUGCAACCGAAGAAAAUAUGUUUCGGUAAUAGUAAAUAUUAAAUAAUAAUAACUAAGAACAAUGAUUUGCCUAUCGCAUCAAAUAUUUGUGUGAGAGAAAUAAAAUAAAAUAAAAUAUCGUUUCAUCGCGAGAAGUGCACGAGAGCAAUCAAAAAUUGAAAUGAAAACUACCAAGCUCUUGGAACGCGACCUUUUACAAAAUAUCGCUAAUUCCCUUACCCACUGUAAUUUGGGGUGACUUUGGGCCAGACGACCGACACCAGUGUCCGGGUCUGCGCGUGCGCCCACGUUUGUGCACACUUUCGCGCCGUUGACGGUCGGUGGGGAGGAAAAUCUAGUACUCGCGCGGGGGAUGAUGAUGUUUGUUUUCCCGGGGGAAGAUGAGGUGGAGUAUAAGUGAGUAUAACACAGUGCGUGUGUUUUGACGAUGUUUAAAUAUACGGCGACGGUGGUGUCGGUAGCGUUGCCGCCGCCGAACGGGUGGGCGAACUCGCACGGCGCUGACCUACUUACCGCGGCGCAGGUUACCGACCUCUUCCCUCUUCGUUUACACCGGCGGCAGCGGAGGCCCCACUUAUAACCUUCACGCGAUACACAAACAAGCGCUCACACGCACACACACACGCACACGCUCUCAGACCGUCGUCGUUCGCCGACAGUGGCCUCAUCUACCAUUGGCGGCCGAAAGUCCCACCAGAAAAAAAACCGUUCGUUUUGCAUUAAACAGACAGAGAUUGCACAAGCCUCCGUCGCGUGUGUACACUCGUUUAAUACAUAGGUACAAAUAUUUUUUUCUAUUUCGUCUUUCUCGCUUUUCUCCGCCGCCGCCGCCGCCGCCGCAAACAGCGGCUCGAUCAUUCCCGAACCAAUCGUCAUCGAUUGUACGCCGGUCCCGCUAUCGUUGUAGCCGCCGCCGUGACGCAAAAUUCCGAAAACUUUGGGCGAAAAAAAUUCCCUCGAUCGUAUUCGUUUCGCGACGCUUAAGAAAUGUUUUCGGUUUUGCUAGAAAAUAUAUUUUUAAACCAUUCUCGGUGUUAAACAGUCGCGGUGGCUGGGCGUUACCCCGUGUUCGCGGUCGCUGAGAGAUAGAUGCCGCGUGACGCGGGUGUUGUGCGCUACGGGGCGUGCUCGUGUAGCUCGUGUGCGACAAAAGAUUGAAGAGAAAGUGACAGUAUUCGCUCGAUGACCGAACGCGCCGCACGGUGUCGGUUGUAUUCCACAUAAACGUUAGAUAGGAUUUUCUCCCAUGUACGACGCCGCCGCACUCUCGUCUACGAGAUAUUAUGAUUGAAUUUUUUUUACUUUCUGCGACGAUGCGACUACAGUAGCAAUUAUUAACAUGUGUUAUGGGGCAGAUUUUUUUACACUGCGCCGUGUCACGUUUUAAAUGAUCGGACUUCACGCGCACAUAUCGACGAAUAAUAUUUUUUACAUUAAGCGAGGAAUUAUGACCCUAACAAGUACCCCGUGUGACCUGAGUACCAUGAGUCUGUUUCAAGACCUGAAACUGAAGAGGCGCAAAAUAGAUUCAAGGUGCAGCAGUGACGGUGAGAGCAUAGCGGACACUAGUACUUCAUCACCAGACGUCGCUGGCCCGGCGUCCCCAUCUAACCGAAUGGACAGAUCAGUACCGUCGCCUGGACUUAUCAUAUCGAUGGAUAGAAUGGCGUCGUCUCCGGAAUGCGGCAGCAUGACCACGGACAGCGGGCAAGACCCGAAUGACGUGGGAGAAGGCGUUAAGGUCAAAGAGGAGAUGUUGGACGAACCGCAACCAAAAGAUGUGAUUGGGACGGGAUACGAAAACGGGACGGUGACCGAUAACAAGGCGGAACCACCGUCGCCGUCGCCAUCACCUUCGGCGGUGGUUACAGCAGCGUUGGCGGCGGCGGCGGCGACGGCAGCAGCGCAACAGGAGCAGCAGCAGCAGAGACGCGAGUCGGUGGUGAUGACAAGCCCGUUGAGUUGCGUUGUCAAGUCACCAACAACCCCGCCACCGCCACCAUCGUCAUCGUCGUUGUCGCCACCCUUGACUUGGACGACGGCGACUGCUCAAACAAAUCCACCACCGCUGCGGUGUUACACGCCCUCCUCCGCUGCCAACUCCAUGUCGGUGACGCAGCAGUACCAGCAGCGCCGGCAAUCCGUCGUCACUUCCGUUUCAUCGGCGUUUUGGAACGCGGGCACGCAGACGUCGCCCGCGUCCACUGCGCCGGGUAAUGCAUCCGUGGCCACCGCCGCCGCAGCGUCCGUGCUGUCCGUGUGUCGCAUCAAUGGCGUCCGACCUGAGCUCAUUGGCGGUGCGGGAUUCGCGACCACGGCUGCGGUCGCCACCUGCAACACUGACAUGAAACCACCGGCUGCCAUACCCCCACGGACUACCCGGUCUGCACCCACCGUCAUAAUGGGCGAAGCGGGUGGAGUGCGGACUAUGAUCUGGUCCAGUCCACCCUGCACCGUGGAACAGUCUACGUCACCCGCCAGCACUGGCUGCAGUUCCGUACCAUCAACGGUCAGCACGCCGUACUGGUCGUCCGCGGCCACAUGGUCGUCCAACACGUCGUCCACAUCGUCCCCGUCCCCGUCACCCGCAGCGGUCAGUGAAGAGUCAGCCGCUCAUCUACUGUUGAACCUUGGCGUGGCCGCUGGUCAUGAUGUGGCGUCUGUCAUCAGCCACAUGCCCGGUCUUAGGCCCAUUGGUGGCCAGCUGCAGCAGACGUCAGUGGCCGGUGGUGGAAGUGGUGGUGGUGGCGGUGGUGGCGGCAACGUCACCAGUGGUGGACAGCAGAGCUUUCACGUGCCGCUCAAUAUGGAACGUUUAUGGGCCGGUGACCUGUCACAGCUCCCGGUGGCCGCCACGCAUCAGAUGCACGCGCUCAACUUGACGGCCAACACGGGACCCGGAUGGCCGAUGGCUGGUUCCAAUGGCGACAAUAAGUCUGCGCCUGUCAACGCAUACCACCAGAUGGAGGAGGCCGACGAACAGGAACAACCCAUGGUGUGUAUGAUCUGUGACGACCGAGCCACGGGUCUCCAUUACGGCAUUAUCACUUGCGAAGGAUGCAAGGGGUUCUUCAAACGUACCGUCCAAAACCGGAGGAUAUACACGUGUAUAGCUGAAGGCACUUGUGAAAUAACAAAAGCUCAAAGAAACAGGUGUCAAUACUGCCGGUUUAAAAAAUGCAUCGGCCAAGGAAUGGUGUUGCAGGCCGUCCGAGAAGAUAGAAUGCCGGGUGGACGAAAUUCUGGCGCUGUAUACAACUUGUACAAGGUAAAGUAUAAGAAGAAGAGGCCCCCGAAGAACGGACAAGUAAAAAUGGAGAAGUCCGUCACAUGCACCACGGCCAGUACCAUGACCACGAUUAAAACAGAAAACCAGGAUAACAAUUCCUCGUCUAUGUCGACCCUGGUCAACGGCACCAUAUUAAAGACUGCACUAACGAACCCCAGCGAGGUCGUUUAUCUCAGACAGCGACUAGACAACGCUGUCAGUUCGUCGAGGGACCGUACGUUUUCGAUCGAAGCUACGGUGAACAUGAUCAAGAACCUCAUGGACUGCGACGAGUUUCAAGAUAUUGCCACUCUGCGGAACAUGGAGGACUUACUCGAACACAAUUCUGAUCUGUCAGCCAAACUGAUGCAGAUCGGAGAUUCGAUCGUGUACAAACUGGUGCAGUGGACCAAGCGUCUUCCGUUUUACCUCGAAUUGCCAGUCGAAGUGCAUACGAGACUUUUGACACACAAGUGGCAUGAACUGCUGGUGUUGACCACCUCGGCAUAUCAAGCGAUACACGGCCCCCAGAAGAUAUGGAACUCCACCAACAUGAACGGUGACCGGAACGAGGAUUCCGAAUUCCACCAAGAGGUGUUUCAAAAUCUGUGUAUAUUGCAAAACUGCCUGUCCUCGAUGAUGGGCAAACCCAUAACGAUGGACCAGCUCCGGCAAGAUGUUGGCGUAAUGGUGGAGAAGAUCACACACGUCACCCUCAUGUUUAGGAGGGUAAAGCUGCGAAUGGAAGAGUACGUGUGCUUGAAAGUCAUAAUCAUGUUGACACAGAAUAAUGGUAAUACCACUAGUGAGCUGGAAACCAUCCAAGAGAGAUAUACGUCUUGCCUGAAGACUUAUGUCGAACACACUUUUCCCAUGCAACCCAACAGGUUGCAAGAUCUCCUUCAACGACUGCCAGAGAUUCAGUCAGCUGCUUCGCUCUUGUUAGAGUCAAAAAUGUUUUAUGUGCCUUUCCUCUUGAACUCCACGAUCAGAAGUUAGUGCAUACAUUAUUAUGCACGGAGGAUAGCUACUGAUCAUCAUUAUUAUAAUAGAAUAGAACCAGUUACCAAAAUAAUAACUAUAUAUGUACCUAAUAUAUGAAAGUGAAAACGAAGAAGAAAUGGAAACGACUAGAAUUUGUCACCCUCGCGCGCAUGCGUGUGUGAAUGCUACCGUACCUAUAUAUAGUUAGUACGUAUUCAUUUUGUAGGUAAAUUGUGCAUUGUUAAUUGUUAUAUUAUUAUGUGAACCAGAGGAGAUUCUUAUAUUAGGAAUAUUUUUUUUAAGUUUUUCUUGUUUUUUUUUUUAUGUAUUACUAAUACGUUUCAUUUUGUAACUCUUGAGUUUUUCCUUUACGAUUUGGGAGUUAUUUAAUCGUUGAAUCCAGCUAUAUGAAAGUAUCUAUAAUGUUAACAUAAUGUUAGUAUAAUAAUAUAAUGUCCGUGAAAAUUUGCCCCACGUCUGUAUAAACUACGUAUAUAAAUAUAUAUAUAUAUAUAUAUAUAUAUAUUAUUUUAAGAUAGUAUAAUUAUUACGAUACGAGAAAAGUUUUUGAAAGAGAUUAUAAUAAUAAUAAUAAUAUAUGAUGAUGAUGAUGAUGAUAUAGGUAUACGCGUGUGGGUUACCUUUGUAUUAUUAUUUAUUAUUAAUUAGACUUAAUUGUAGCAGUAAUGUUAUAUUGUAUUUUGAGUGUAUAAACUGGCGCGUACGGUACCUAAAUCAUAUUACAUAUAUGUGUAUAUAUAUAUAUAUAUAUAUAUAUAUAUAUAUAUAUUAAAUACGAUAGUAGGUAUGUUUUGUUUAAAUGAUGUAGGCUGAUUGCUGAAUUAUAUUAUCUUCUCUGUCUGUGUUUCUCUACAUCUCCAUCCCCCAUAUGUCUCUGUCUCUCUUUCUGAGUAUUUCUAUACUCUCCUCCUUACCUUGUUCCAGUGGCGCUAGGCAAAACGUAAUGGGCACCGUCAUUGUAUUCAUACUGAAUAUUGACAACACACACACACACACACACACACACACACAUAAUAUACUCGAGAUGGCUAUAAAUUAUUUUGGUAUUUCUGACAACUUUGUGAUUUCUUAUUAAUAUGUAAUUAAAAUAAUUUUUAUAGUAAAAAUAUAGUUUGACUUACAUAAUUUUCAUUCGUCGCGUAAUAUGUAUAAAUAUAUAUUACUUUCGUACCUAUAUUAUUUUUUAAAAAAUAAGUGAAUACUUAAUUUUUUUAAUCGACACACUGCCAGUAUAUAAAUAACAAUUUUGCAUUAUACUACUUUUAUAUUUUCAUAAAAAAAAAAUAAGUAAAAAAAAUAAAACGUGAAAACUAUAUUUUUAUACAUUCUUCGUAUAAACGAAGAAUUAAUUUUAAUAUAUUAAAAUAAUAGUAAUGUAAAAUUUAAGUUAAAUUAAAAAAUUGAAUUUCGUUAAAUGUCUGUCUAUAUACAUAUUAACAUAUGUAAUAUGUAUAUGCAUUUUUCGAUACCAUCUCAAAGGAUGGUAGGUACCCAUUUAAAUGUAAUACUUAGGUUUUUUAUUAAUAAAAUCUAAAUGCGCUUUGAUCGCAACCGUAUCGGUUGGAUUGUUUUCAAAUACCACCCUAUUCCUCGAGCAAUUUCUAGGUUACCUAUACAUACAAAACAAUAUGAUAUGAUAUAUUUACCUCAAAUAGAUAACCUAUUUAAUAUUCACGAUUAUAGAUAUAUAUACCUAACCGUUUAGGUAGCUACACUACACAAAACUACAUGUUUAGAUUUAAAUCUAUUGCUGAGUAGGUAGUCAAACAUUAAAGUUACCAAUUUAUUGAAAUAUAAUAAAAACGACUCCUAAACUAAACAAAAAGAGAUAUUAUUAUAAAUAAUAAAAUAUAAUAUACCUACGGACUAAAAGCUACGUAGGCUAAGGUGCAUUAUAAAAAAAUAACACGAAUAUUAGGCUCGAAAAACAUAAUGUUGAAAAUAGGUACACACAUAUUAUAAUAUAAUAUAUGUUACAAACAUGUUCCUUUAGUUUAACUGAUAAGAAAAUUAUUGUAAAUUAUGUCCAAUGUAUUUUUUUUUUUUUUUGAUAGGAGUAAUAUGAUAUUGGGGAUAGGUAUUAUUAUCUUGUUUAACCUUUUUUUUUUUUGUUAAUUUGUAACCAUUAUUUUCUUGAUCGUUAUAAAUUGUGUUCCAACAUUACUAACGUUGUACUUGAAAACUAGAUUUUGUAAAAUGUUUAAAUGUUUAUUAUUUGUGUAAAAGAAAAAAUAUUUAUAAUACUAUAAUAUAUAUAUAUAAUAAUAAUAUUAUAUUAUGUAAACACUGACUGUUUUAUCCGUGAAAAUCGGUGCCUUUGCGCUUGUUUUUGUUUUUUUUAAAUCAUAUUGUAACAGAAUCUGUCGUUUUAAUAAAAAAUUUAUAAUAUAAUAUGUUUUAUAGAAAUGUAGGCUAUAAAAAUAAUUUUAAAAAAAAAUGAUCUAUCGAAGCAAUAAAAGUAGUAAAUUUAAAAAAAAAUUAAAUAACUGAAUCAAAA